AGGUUUAGUUUAUUCAAAAUAGUGCUUGAAAAAGCCUUCGGAACAAUACAUAAAUUCAAAAAAAGUUGAUGUCAAUUGGCCUAAAAAUUCUAAAAGUAAUACACUUUUUCUUGAUUUAGAUGAAACGCUAAUUUAUAUUAUUAAUCCUAAAGAGAAGCCUAAUCAUAUUAUAACUGUUAGAGGAGAAGGAAAUAUUGAAUUAAAA